GUCAACUGCUGUCGGUCAUCCUAGCUCUCAAGUCAAUGAGGUAAAUGGUGCAUGAUCCUUCACGACGCAAUUGCGACAAUAUCGAAGUAGGGUCUAACCGAGGGGCCUACAAUGCUUCCCCAACGAAUCGCGAGAGCUUCGGCUCUCCGAUCAGCAUCUCUCGCAGCGCGAAGACUACCCAUCGUUCAACAACGCACAUUUGUUCCGCGAUCAUACUCUGACCCCGCCGUCAUCGAAGAGAAAUUUCCCGAUAAUCCAAAACUUACCGAAGCGGAAGACCCGGGUCAGAACGGCGGCUACAUCAACCCUCCGGCAAUCAAGAGACAGUUCCGAGAUCCUCACGGUGAUUGGUGGGAUAAGCAAGAGAGGCGUAACUAUGGCGAACCUGUUCACGAGGACAACGAUCUCCUAGGCAUAUUCUCCCCUUACGAAUACACUUGGAUCUCACCGGGCAAGGGAUUAUUGCAGGUUGGCGCAUUUAUUGCUACUGUCGUAGGAGUAUGCUGGGUUGUUGGAAGAUUAUAUCCUGACAAGCCGUCUUACCCGCGGGAGUUCGAGGGUGGUCUAGAUCGAGAAUUGGGUGGUGCCGGUGCUUGGAGGGCAAGAGCUCCUGGCGACCCAGAGCCAUACCAAGUUGAGGAAGCAGAGGAAGAAUAAAAUACUUGUACAUACACUUGGCCUUUUAUCGCAAAUAUACAAUACGAACUUGACCACGAGUGUUGGUCUUACUAAAGAAGCUAAUAUCAUAUAGCCAAUAGCUCGACUUGUCCCGUGUAUUGACCUAGGGCUACAGUGUUCUCCUAGUAGCUCUUAUUUCAACAUCGAAGUC